AAAACAAACCUGUUUGUCUGCCAUCAACCAGGAAACCAAUCAAGGGUUGCAUCAAGAAGGCAGAGAUCGAGGGCGACACCAAGAAAGAGACAAAGAAGAAGCAGCAACACUUGAGGGCAUGAUAGAGAACAUGUUUCCACUGUGUAAAUGUAGGACUGCGCUGUUGCUGAGAUGUAUGAAUGCAUAUUGGUAAGGAGAGUGCUCUGCUAAAUAAUGGGCAAGAAAGGCUGAAUGUGUGGAGUUAGGGUGGAGAGAAGUAGGAGAGUAAGGAGGGGGAUGAUAGUGUAAAAGUUGAAACUGUUUCAAAGGUUUAUUUCAGUCUCAAAUCAUCCCUUGUUGGUUGUUUUUAAUUCACUCUUUUUUCAUGAUUGACAUCUUGUGUUGUACUGUAACUUGUAUUUUUUAAUUUUUCUGAAGCUCUGACAGAGAGUGAGUGAGAGUGAAAGGCUACAAACGGACAGCAGUGGCGGUUUUGCUUGGAAGUGCUCAUCUUUGAAUGCAUUUUUUAAGUUGCUGUAAUUGCAUAUUUUUUCCGUUGCUGGAUAAUGUAAUGCUGCCCGGUGAUUACUAAAGGGAUCGAGGAUGGAUGCUAUUCGAGGAGGCUGAGAUGUGUGCUUUUCAGAUGAAGCUGGGAGCUAAUAAAAAUCAUUGUAAGGACAUCAAAUGCCAGCUUAAACACUCAGAAACUUGAGGCGAUAGCUGCUCCAAUUUCUGCUCAUGAACAUUCACACAUAUUCAGACCUUGAGCUUUCACAGCUCGUUCACAUCUAGUUUUUGGUUCACAUUGCUUUCGUUCACACAACAGCGAAAUUAUGGCGGCAGCAGGUUCAGGAGCCUCAAGCUAUCAGCUCCCUACCAGCAGAGACCGGCGGCUGGUGGAAAAGGCCCUCAAAAAACUGGAUAAGCUCCAUGAGCUGUGCAGUAACCCCCGGCUGCGCCUUAGGAACAGUCCGCCAUACCUGCCAGAGCUGGUAUUCGAGUCGACAGAACUGCUCAUGCAGGUUUGGGAGCCCUACAGAGGCUCUAAGGCGGCAGGCGGACAGGCACCCCGGGGAGACGAGGCCGACUACCUGAGGGUCCACGUCAGAAACCUGCUGGAUAAGACAGAUAAGGCCAUGCUGCUGUUUAAAGAGGGACGGGAGAAGAUAUUUGAGGAGUCGUCAAGCUACAGGAGAAACUUGACCAAACUGUCCUUGCUGUUCAGUCACCUGCUUUGGGAGAUGAAGGCCCUGUUUCCAGAUGGAUGUUUUCAGGGUGACACCUACAGGGUGACUAAGACAGAGGCCGAGAGUUUUUGGUGGCAUUCAUUUGGCAACAAGUGUAUAGUUCAGUGGAAUAGUUUUAAAGAGCAGCUGCAGAGCGUGCAUGCGUUUGAGGAAGGGAUGGAGACCAUGGCUCUGAAAUCAACCAUCGAUCUCACCUGUAAUGACCACAUAUCUGUGUUUGAGUUUGACAUCUUUACUAGACUGUUUCAGCCCUGGAGGUCACUUUUAAGGAACUGGAACCAACUAGCAGUAACCCAUCCAGGCUACAUGGCCUUCCUCACCUAUGACCAGGUUGUGGCUCGACUCGAACACUACCUGCAUAGGCCUGGAAGCUAUAUCUUCCGUCUGAGCUGCACAAGAAUGGGUCAGUGGGCUAUUGGUCACGUGACCACUGAAGGUAGCAUUGUCCAGACCAUCCCCCAGAAUACACCUCUUUACCAAGCACUCAUUCAAGGCUUCAGGGAGGGCUGCUACUUGUAUCCAGAUGGCCGUGACGUGAACCCCGACCUGACAAGCUUGUGUGCACCGACCCAGAGGGGCAAAGUCAAAGUCACAGAAGAGCAGUAUGAGCUUUACUGCGAGAUCGGCAGCACCUUCCAGCUGUGUAAGAUCUGCGCAGAGAGAGAUAAGGACACUCGUAUCAAGCCCUGUGGGCAUCUCCUGUGCAAACCCUGCCUCAUUGGCUGGCAGAAGUCGGCCGGCCACACCUGCCCGUACUGUCGUUGCAGUAUCAGAGGAACAGAGUCCAUACUCAUCGAGCCCUACCUGCCAGGCGGCGGUCACUGGGAGGAAGAGGAGGGUGAGGAUGAUGCCGGGGAGGAGGACCAUGAGGACAUCGAACUCAUGGUAAAGGAAAUGGCUGCCCUGAAGAAGUUCUCAAGUUUGGAAAACCAGGUGCCCAGCUCCCACCUCUGCGCUCCACCUCUGCCCCCUAAAAACAGUACAACCCCACACUCUUCAUAUUCUGCCAGCCAGUCGCAGACAUUAGAAACCAAGAUGCUGGCCAAACACUCCCACUCUGGUUCAGCUCAAGGUGUCAACAAAGUGCCUAGAAGACACAAACAACAAACAAACAUGAAUAGGCAUCAGGGGGAGGAGUCACACCGCAGUGAGGAGGAGGAGGAGGAGGGUGGGCUGAGAUCAUCUAUGCCACACCCACUCUCCCACAGUGCUGAAUACCUUACAGAGGCAAAGUUUCUGUUUUCAUCUCAGAAGGCUGUUGACAGUGGAGCCACAUGGCUUGGACCCUCCCACCCAGUCAAGGAGAGAAGUAGACACACAGAGAGGGAGGAAAGGAGGGCUGGUCCCAGAAAAGACAAAUAUGGCCUGGGUGAGAUGACAAGAACAAUGUCAUCCUGACCAAAAAAAACCCAUCUUCUGCAAAACAAAGACUCUUUAAAUAAAGCGAAAGAUCCUUGAGGACUACAAUAACUUCAAGCAAUCAGCCCCCAGGGAAUGUAAAGCUAGUUUUUGACGUCUUUUUUCAACUGUAAAUGACCAUGUGUGUCUGCUGCACUGAUAAGCUGAGAUGCGUGGGUGGGACUGACAGAAAACUUGCCCACUGAGGCCUCCUACUGUUCAAUAAUCACAAUGCUAUUAUCUCCACAGUAGGUUCAGUAUUGAUUCCUAAAUAUAGUGUCACACACUGUCUUCUUUAUAAUUAAAGCAUUUUCUGAGCCUCCAUUCAAUAAUAGAUAUUAAUGAAAGGCUUGAUAUUUGAAAAUGUAAUUAUAUGGACAAAUGUAGGGGGGCAAUGAAAUACCUAGUGUGAACAUUUGAAUCAUUAGAAAUAUGUUACCUUGUCAUUUAACCCAUACCAUAAGUUUGUUCUUAUAAAUAAGAUAAAACUCAAUCAAACAGCCUUAUAUGGUACUAAAAUCAAACAAAUAAACCCAUAACUGUAACAAGCACUGUAUACAGCACUUGAGUUUCUACAUAGUGUCAUUUGGUUUAAUUUAGUUUCAUUUUUUUUCUCUCAUUAUGGACACAAAAACAUGAACAGACGAAUGAAAAGUGAAUACAUACCAAGUGGUUUUAUUGUGUUUUCUAAGUAGUGGUAUGUACGUGUUGAUUCUGGAAGUGUGAGGGAGAAAACUUCAAAGGAGACAAGGCACCAGAGAAACAAAGAAAUAUAAAAGUUG